UCCUACCCUCCAAAUUAACCGGUUAAUGCCGUCGAUUUCUACCGUCGAUUACCAGUUUUCACUCUCUCUCUAUAUACCUAAGGUGCCAUUCACGGAAAAGCCGCCGCCGCCGCUUUUCCGCCCGCUGCUGCCGCUGCUAGUUUUUUGUCAAACCUCCCGCCGCCGCCUCUGCCGCAGCUCCUGAAAGCUUAGUGGAAGAAAGUGAUGGGUAGUUCAAGCAGAGAGCUAUUACAUUUAGAGCACAAGAAUGGCUCCUCUCUUGAAUCUACACUUCUUUUCUGUAAUAAAAAGGACUCUGCCUCUCUUCCGAAGAAACCUCCUCUUGAUGGAAAGCCACUAACUACCCCAAUUGCACAAAGUCAAGUUCUGGGAAAAGUGAGAGAUUUCAUAGGAGUCAUAUCUGAAGCUAAUAAGCAGUUGCAGCAAGAUGCAAAGGACAAGUCUCAAAAUUUUGAUAUUGAAGUACUGACUGGAAACGAAUCUGAUGUCAUUGAAAUGGACUUAAUGCUGGGUGUUGCUGAUCUUCAUACUCCAGAAGCUAUAGCCGCUGCUGAAUCUGCACUUAGUAAUGGUCAGGCAACGGUUACUUUGGAUUCUGACAUUAGUGAAACAGAGUCAGGAAGCUCCAGUGACGACGACGACGAUGAUGAAGCAGAUAGCGAUAAUAAUAGCGAUGACGACGACGAUAAAGCCUCUUCAUUGGAACACAAAAACUCUAAGUUCGGCAAAUGCCGUUCAAGCACAGACGGUAAGAAAAAUGAAUCAAAGAAACGGCCAAAAAUUGUCGAGAUGUGAUGAAACAUAAUUAAAUUAUCCUAAAAUCACCGAGUUUUAUUUAAGUUGUAAUUGUUUUUUCUAUUAAUUGCAUUUUGGAGUAUGUACUGGAAAACUAUAGUGAUAUUUAAUACUACCAAUCCUUUUACACUUGCAACAAUAA